GAAGCUUACCAAACAAAAAAGCACAAAGUUGAUUCGGCGUUAUAUAACUCCAUCCAUACCCAUUUCCUCUUUGUUCCUCAGCCGUUGAUUAUCUAACUUUUCCAGCGAAAAGUUUUUUUGUAUCGACGCUACCCCUCCUUCGUCUCUUUUGCACUCACAUCUCUACGCCUUCCUCGUCUCUCAUUCUUGCUCCGUUUCGCUCUUCCUUCUCCUCCGCACAACCAUACUUCCUCCUCCUCCUCCUCCUCCUCCUCCUCUUCUUCUUCUUCUUCAGUACUUGCUGCUCUUUUUCAUCACAGUCUCCCUGUCUCUCUGUUUUCUCGCUCUUUGCUUCUCAGAAAAAAAAAUCAAAGAAAAAUGGCGAGCGAUCAAGUCGUCUCUAUUGCAUGGGAUGUCUUGAAGGGCGUAGUUAAACCCAUCGCGCGUCAAUUCGCAUACGUUAUGUCCUCCAAGAGAUACGUCCAGGAUCUUCAGAAGGAAGUCGACAAGCUAGCGUUCGAAGCUGAGAGGGUCCGCCAUGCCAUCGUAGAGGCCCAAAACAAUCUUCGCAAUGUCUAUGAUCGGGUCCCGAAGUGGCUGGCAAGUGCUGAUAAGGCCUUGAUGGAGGCGCGAGACCUGUUGGGCGAUUUCGAAAAGGUGAGCAAGACUUGCUGCUACGGGACUCUUCCUGAUCCCAAUUGUCGCUAUCAGUUCAGCAGGAAGGCCAAGCACAAGAUCGAGGUCAUUCAGCGACUCGCUCGAGAAGGCAGUGAAUUCAAGGACAUUUCCUUCAACGAUCCUGCACCGGGGGUUGUCGCUGAUCCGACUCCAGCCAGGGGAGAAGUGAAAGAUGUCUUCCAGUCGACCACUGCAAUGGCCUCCGCUUCUUCCGCCUCGACGUCUAUUAAACUUAGAGAGGAUGACGUCUUCGAAUCCAGAGCUUCGAUCACACGGAACGUCAUGGACGCUCUUGCCAAUAACAACACUAGCGUGGUCGGGGUUUACGGGUUGGGCGGGGUUGGCAAGUCCACCCUUUUGGUAGAUGCUGAAACGAGAAUAAGGGAAGAGAAGUCAUUCGAUCUGGUCGCUAAGGCUGACGUGUCGGAAAAUCCAGACGUCAAGAGGAUUCAAGGAGAGAUUGCGCAUGCGUUAAGCUUGGACAUAAAGAACGAAGAGUGCGCCAACGUGCGAGCACAGCUUCUGCGUAAGAGGUUGGAAAAUGAGGAGAGGAAGAAAAAGGUCCUCAUAAUACUCGACAACCUGUGGAAGGGGCUGGACUUGAAAUCAGUUGGCAUUCCUUGUGGACAUGACAAUAAAGUCAAAGGAUGCAAGUUGUUGUUGACAUCGAGAAAUCGAGAUAUCUUGCGAAGGGAAAUGGGUUGCGACAAGGACUACCUCCUUGGUGGGCUGCAGGAGGAAGAGGCAAAAAGGUUGUUUGGGAGGAUGGUGGGAGACAAAGUUCAUGAUGACGAGUUCAAACCGCUGGUGGAUGAAGCACUCCACAAAUGUGCAGGUUUGCCUUUCCUAAUUGUUGCAAUGGCGAAAUGUUUUAAAGACGCUGAUUUAUCAGAAUGGAAAGAUGUUUUGAAACAAAUCAAUAUGUCUAAAAAUGAAGGAAUCAGUGAGGUGAUAAAUAACAUGUUGCAAUUGAGUUAUGAUCUAUUAAAAGUCGAGGAAGCAAAGUCAUUGUUACGACUGUGUGUAGUUUAUGGUGUCUCUGAGCCCUCUCUUGAAAACUUGCUGAGGUAUGGCCUGGGUUUGGGGUUAUUUCGAGAAUAUAGCAGCAUUGAAGAAGCUAGAGAUAGGUUGAGCUCACUGAUUCGUACUCUUCAAGCCUCCUCUCUUUUGUUAGACAAUGGAGACGCUGCUAGUUUCAAGAUACAUGACUUGGUUUGUGAAUUUGUUACCUUGGUUGCUUCAAAAGGUCACCAUCUUCUUGUGUUGAAAGAUAAAGACAAGUCAGCAACACAGUUGUCCAAGGACAAGCUCAAAAGUUGUAGGGCAAUAUGCUUUCCCUAUGUUGACACGAAGGAGCUUCCCGAAGAAUUAGAUUGCCCUAAAUUGGAAAUCUUUUUGUUGUUCAAUAACAAUGAUUCAAUUAAUGUCCCAGAUUCAUAUUUCAACUCCAUGAGAAAACUCAAGGUUUUAAAUCUUACUGGGAUAUGUCUUACCCGUUCACCUUUACUGUUUCAGUUCUUGAAGAACUUACACACUUUGUGUCUAGACGGUUGUUUGUUAGAGGACGUAGCCAUUGUUGGUGAGCUAAAAGGGCUACAAAUUCUCAGCCUUGUGAAUUCCAAAAUUCAGCAAUUGCCAAAAGAAAUUGGGCAACUAGCAGAGCUGAGGUUGUUAGACUUGAACCAUUGUUCACAACUUCAGAAAAUUGAUCCAGGUGUGUUGGGAAGCUUGAUCAAAUUGGAGGAGUUGUAUAUGGAGAAUAGCUUUAGUCAAUGGAAUGCCGUGGAGCAAACUCCACCAACUAAUGCCAGUCUUAUUGAGUUGAAUAACAUGAAGAAACUCUACACUCUGCAUGUAUCAAUUCCUCAUCCGAGUGCCAUCCCAGAGGAUUUAAACGUCGAGAAAUUAACCAAGUAUAGAAUCCAAAUAGGUAAUGCGCAGCGCUGGUCAAGCGAUUACAGUGGAUCGAGGACAUUGAACCUUGUGUUGAAUAGCGAUAUUCUUCAGAAAGGAUGCAUCCAAACUACUUUAGACAGAACUGACGAUUUGUAUCUGUACGAGUCAAACCGAAAUGCACAAAGUAUUUGCGAGUUAUCCCCAGAAUGUUUUCCAAAAUUAAAGCAUCUACAAGUAGAAAAUAGUCCCUCUGUCAAUUACAUCCUUCAACAACCUUCCUUUACUGCUUUUGAGACAUUGGAGUCGUUACUUCUCAAAAAUCUCAUUAACUUGGAGAAGAUAUACAAUAACUGUAUCUCCUCCAAGUCCUUCAAUGCAUUACAAGUAGUACGAGUUGAUAGUUGUCACAAGAUGGAAGUUCUGUUUCCUCUUUCAUUACUGGGAGAACUUCCACAGCUAAAAGAGAUCCGAGUUUUCUCUUGCUACUUAAUGCGGGGGAUUAUAGAAGCUGAUGAUUAUGGCGAAGUUGAGUUGCGUAAUUUGCAUGUAUUGGAAUUGCAUGAUUUGCCUGAUAUCAAGAACUUUUUCAUCGAGAUGGCUCCUAAGAGUAGUACAUCACACAACCAAGUUGGCACUCAAGUUGCAUUCUUCAAUGGGCAACAGGUUUUAAUCCCAUCUUUGGAGUCCUUGACAAUGGAUGGACUUCCUAAUCUGAAAAAUAUAUGGAGCGAUAAAUCUCGAUUGAGGUUGAGCAAUCUCCGAUCUCUCCGAGUGGCGCGGUGCAAAUCUCUCUCGAAGGUUAUCAACUCUAUGUCGUUGAUAAAACUACACAAGUUACACACUUUAAAUGUAGCACAGUGCGAUUUGGUGCAAGAAAUCUUUGAUGUUGUCGAACCGAGCGCUAGUGGAAAUAUUGAGACUCUUGAGCUAACCAACUUCUAUUUACAUCGAUUACCGAGCUUGAGGCACAUAUGGAGCAAGAACCUCUGUGGAAUAGUGGGAUUCCAUAAAUUAAAGAAGUUGGAGGUGUCUGGUUGUGACAACCUUGGGUUCCUGUUGUUCCCAUCAAUGGUUCAAUCAAUCGCACAAUUGAGAGAACUAAGGGUAUGGAAUUGCAAGAAGAUGGAGGCGAUCAUUAUGGAGGAAGAACAGUUGGGAAUGGAAACAUCAGAAACUCUAGCAUUUCCAAUGCUGACAUGUUUAAGCUUUAGUCGUUUGGAAAAUUUGACGUGCUUCUCUCGCAAAAAGUGUUCACAAGCUGCUCAGAGUCAGGAGCAUGUCAAAUCAUACUCUACUGCCCUCUUCAAUCGAGAGGUUGCGUUUCCUAGCAUGGAGACAUUAGACAUCACUGGCAUGGAUAAUAUCGAGAUGAUAUGGGACAAUCAAGAUGCCGCAGAUUCUUUCCACAAACUAAAAUCGCUAUGGGUGUACGAAUGCAAUAAGCUAAAGUGUGUAUGGGAUAAGGAACUCUACCGUCGUGUUAAAUUCAAGUGUCUACGUUCUGUUAACAUUUCCAAAUGCAAGAGCCUCGCCUCUCUUUGUCCAGCCUCAGUAGCCAGAGAUCUAAUACAACUUGAGGAGUUGGAGAUCAGUGAAUGUGGCAUUGUGGAGCUCAUCGAGAACGAAGGACUAGUUCCUAGGUUUGAGUUCCCAAAGUUAACAUCCCUCGAGCUUAAGCAUCUACCAGAGUUGAAGUGCAUCUACACCGGAACACAUCCUCCACAUUGGCCGGCAUUGAAGACUUUGGAAGUGCAUGGCUGUAACAAAGUUGAGAUACUUGCUUCGCAACCUAAGAAUGAGAUGACGCUCCAGCCUCUCUUCUUGAUAGAAAAGGUUGUGUUUCCUAACUUGGAGACAUUGCAUAUCACUAGCAUGGAUAACAUGGAGAUGAUAUGGGGCAGUCAAGUUGCUGCGGAUUCUUUCCACAAUUUAAAAUCGCUUUGUGUGCAUAAAUGCAAUAAGCUAAAGUUUGUAUUGGAUAAGGAACUCCACCGUCAAGUUAAAUUCCAGCGUCUAGGUUCUGUUAGCGUUUCCAGAUGCAAGAACCUCACCUCUCUGUUUCCAGCCUCAGUAGCCAAAGAUCUAAUGCAACUUGAGGAGUUGGAGAUCAAUGAAUGUGGCAUUGUGGAGCUCAUCAAGAACGAAGGACUAGUUCCCAGGUUUGUGUUCCCAAAGUUAACCUCCCUCAAGCUUAAGCAUCUACCAGAGUUGAAGUGCAUCUACACCGGAACACAUCCUCUACAUUGGCCGGCAUUGAAGACCUUGGAGGUGGAUGGAUGUAACAAAGUUGAGAUAUUUGCUUCACAACCUGAGAAUGGGAUGCCACUUCAGCCUCUCUUCUUAAUAGAAAAGGGCGCAUUCUCAAAAUUACAAGAGUUAAAAUUGGAUUUAUCCGGACAGAUAGAGAUAUAUCACGGGCAUUUUCAUGAUGAAGAAUUCUUCUGCAUGCUUAGAGUUCUUGAGCUUCGUCAUAUGUCGAAGAAAUCAGCAAUAUCCACAUGCCGUUUUGUUCAGAGUUUAACCAACUUGGAAAAGCUAGUUGUACGUGAAUCUUAUCUGGAAGAGCUGAGCACCAAUCUGGAAGCCAUAGAAGACCCAAGUCAUGAGCUAAAAGUAAUAUUACCCUGUUCAAGAUAUAUUCAACAUCUAAAUACUCUAGAUGUGUCACAUUGUGAUGUGUUGUCAAAUAUGUUCACACCGAUAGUAGCCAGAAAUUUGGUGGAACUCACAAAAUUGAGGAUAAGUAAUUGUAAAAUGUUGAGAGAGGUCAUUAAUGACGAGGGUGAUAAGGAGGGACAUGUAGUGGCUUUCAAUCAAUUGAAGUAUGUGGAGCUUGAUGGGUUGACAGGGUUGAGAUGUUUCAGCUCGGGUGGAUACACUUUGAUGUUCCCUCUCUUGGAAGAUGUUAUUGUGACUCGAUGUCUCAACAUGAAGUUCUUCUCCGAGGGACGAAUAGAGGCGCCAAAGUUGGAAAGAGUACAUGUAUCAAAAGGAGAGUACUUUUGGAAGGGAAACCUCAACAUCACCAUCCAAAAUAUAUUUGAAGAAAUGGCUACGGUUUCCGAAGUAGAGUUUAUACGGCUUUCUGAGUUCCCGGAGCCAAUUGAAAAAUGGCACAGCAAACUUAUUCCCAUCAAGUCAACUUGGGAAUUAGACACACUGAUGGUGGAUAAAUGUCCAUCAUUUAUAAAUGCUAUUCCGUCUAGAUUGAUGCUUGUUUUAGAUAAUAUGGAAGCACUGCAAGUGUGUGAUUGCGAGUCGCUAAAAGAAAUAUUCGAUCUUGAAUGCCUGGAGUCUGUGGAAAUCACUCGGGUGCUGCCUAGGUUAAUUCUUUUGAACUUGGUCAAUCUACCAAAGUUGAGGCGACUAUGGAACAAAGAUCUUCAAGUAACUCUGCGCUUCAAUUCUUUAGUUGCUCUGACUUUUUAUAAUUGCAGCAACUUAAGACAUGCUUUCGCUCCAAUGAUGGCUCGGUGUCUUGCCAAUCUUAGACGAAUGGAAAUAAAAGAGUGUGGUCAGAUGGAAGGAGUGAUCGCAGAGGAAGAGGGGCAGGGAAGCUCAAUGGAGAAUAUUAUAUUCCCGGAUCUGGAAUACUUGGAGUUGGAAUGCUUGCCCAAUUUGAUAUGUUUCCUGUCGGGGAAUAAUCAUACGCUUGAAUGUCCCGAAUUAGUAGGGCUGACCAUUGCCCAUUGCCCCAAGAUGAGAAGUUUGACUUGGCAAUCUGUAAUGGAGAUUGACCAUGGCAGCCCUUCACUUUUCACUCCCCAGGUACAAUUUUCUCGGCUUGAGUCGAUGGUUCUUUCCCACAUGGACAAUUUAAGCAAAAUAUGGACCGAUGGUCCUCAAGAAACUCUCACUUUUGACCAUUUACGGGAAGUGGAGGCUCUAAAUUGUAAGAGCCUUGGAAAUCUGUUUUCCAAUUGGGUGGUUAAAAGUCUAAGCCAACUCAAGAAACUUCGAGUAGAAUCUUGUGGGCUUGAGGAAAUAAUCACAAGUGGAUAUGACACUCCACACUCUACUAUUGCUCAAUUCCUUUUCCCGAAUCUAACAUCUCUGGUGUUACAUGAUAUGCCGCAACUCAAGAGCUUUUGCCCUAACUUGCCCACUUUGAACUGGCCAUCCUUGAAGGAAUUGCGAGUGACUCACUGUGACAAACUGAACAUGUUGUCCUUUGAGACAUCCAUGAACAAGUGGACUCAAAGAGACGAUCAAUGGGACCUUUUAGACCAAGAUGCACAUUCUUCAUUUGAGAGGGACUUUCCCAACUUAGAGAGACUUUUAUUAGUCGAUAAAGAUAUUCGGAUGAUACAGGAUGAAGAAAUUCCUAAUGACACCUUUGGCAAGCCAAAAGCACUAACAUUAGCAUGUUUUCAUGAUGAAAGGGCCAUCUUUCCUCUCAGAUUCCUCCUAGAGAGAUUUCAAAAUCUACAAAGCCUUGAAGUCUUCUGUAGUUCCUUUGAAGAUAUAUUCCCCGAUGAAGGGCUUGUUGACAAGGGAAACCAUCUGGUGCUCGGAAAUUUAAGAGAACUUAAGUUGAGCAAGCUAUGCAACCUAAAGCGUGUGUGGCGAAAAGACUAUUUAGCGGAGAAAAUUCUUCAAAGUAUUGAAAUUUUUGAGGUUUGGGGUUGUCCCGGUUUGACAGAAAUAUUUCCAUUCGGGACAUCCUUCCAAAAUUUGACGGAAUUAGUGGUGAAGAAUUCCUCAGGAUUGGUACAUCUAGUAACAGUUUCAGCGAUUACAAAUUUGGUGCAUCUCACUAACAUGACUGUAAUAGGAUGUGAAAGAAUGAAAGAAGUAGUGACAAAUGAUGGAAAGGGAGAAGGAAAAGUGAUUUCUUUUGGGAAGUUAGAAAGAUUGAGACUCCAAAAUCUGUCAAGUCUCGUAUGCUUCUCCUCCACCACAAGUUGCGGCUUCAGGUUUCCAUCCUUGUUUGAUAUUGUAGUGGAAGAGUGCCCGAAAAUGAGGAUCUUUUCUAAGGGUGAGCUAUACACACCAAGCCUAGAGUACGUGACACUGUUCAGAUAUAUCUUGGACAAUGACUGGGAGGGUGAUCUCAAUAUAGCCAUACAAAAGUUGACAGCAUAAACAAAUGCACAUAAAAUUACCACUGAGAAAGGGAAUGGCAGCUGCUGCAAGUGGUACAGAGAUUUGGAAGUGACGGAGGCACAGUUAAAGGUUGAGAUCAAUAAAAUUUCUAUUGACGUAGUGAUUCUAUUUCCAAUUUCCCUGUUUCUCACUCAUUUUGCUGGUAAGCAUGUUCUUUUUUCGGGGAUCAUAAAAUAUAGUAUUUGAAACAGAGGAGUGUGUUUGGGCCUGUGUAUUAAAUCUCAGCACAAAUUAUUCCAUAGUCCCAUUGGUGGAC